AUCAACAACAACACGUUCAGAGAGCAGAUUUGGUCAUUUUUGAAACCAACCGACAACAAAUUAGCGAUGAAAUUAUUCGGGAAUAAAAAACUCGUCCGCAAGGAGAGAGCCAGGAAACAGCAAUCGCAACACAGAGACUGGAUCAUCCACCCAAGAUCAACUUUGAGGUUAUACUGGGACCUCUUGAUGUUCAGCCUGCUGAUCGUCAACAUCAUCCUCCUCCCACUCGCCAUCUCCUUUUUCACGGAGAACAUCUUGCUGGGUGCUCGCUGGGUCUUCAUGAACUGCUUCUGUGACGUCAUCUUUCUCACCGACGUUCUACUCAACUUUAGGACAGGUACGCUAUCACAUAGCUACUCUAACACGGUGAUACUAUCUCCAGAGAAGAUAGCCCAGCAUUACGUUAGGACCUGGUUCCUGCUUGACCUCAUUUCGUCACUUCCGUUUGACGUCAUCAUCGUCUUCUUCACACCUAACAAUGCUAGCUCUCCACAUAUCGCUUAUGCAGGUGGAAGAGCUUUGAGAAUUUUUCGUCUUGUGAAGCUUGUGAGUUUGCUGCGUCUGUUGAGGUUGUCGCGUGUUGGAAGAUACUUCAUCCAGCUGAGAGUGGUUGGUUUGUCUUUUAUUCAAAUGGCUGGUCGCUUCAUGCACGUAUUAAGUCUGGUCUUCAUAAUUCUGCUGUUGGGGCAUUGGAAUGGGUGCCUGCAGUGGUUCGUCCCUAUGCUUCAACAUUAUCCUGGAGACAGCUGGACGGCCCUUGAAAAUUUAAAACAGGACAGUGAUUGGACGGAACAGUACACGUGGGCAGUUUUCAAGGCCCUCUCACACAUGCUCAGUAUUGGAUUUGGCAGAUACCCACCCCAGAGUACCACGGACGUCUGGCUUACCAUUAUAAGCAUGCUGACCGGAGCAACGUGUUACGCUCUGUUCGUCGGCCAGUCCACAACCAUCAUUCAGUCCUUUGGCAUCUCGAAACGAUUGUACCAGGAAAAAUUUCAGCAAGUGGAUGAAUACAUGUCGUAUAGAAAGCUGCCACGGCCUCUGAGGCGAAGCAUCACGAAGUAUUAUGAGCACAGGUACAGAGGCAAGAUGUUCGACGAGGCGAGCAUCCUGGCCGAAGUCAAUGAGUGUCUUCACGAGGAGAUAGUAAACUUCAACUGUCGAAGCCUCAUCUCGUCUGUCUCAUUCUUUGAGAAAGCCGAUCAAAACUUCGUAUCUGACCUGCUGGCGAAGCUGCAGGGAGAGGUUUACCUGCCCGGAAAUCUGAUAGUUAGAGAGGGCACGCUGGGCAAUAAGAUGUUCUUCCUACAAGAGGGAACUGUCUCCAUUCUCACUAAGACAGGCAAAUGCGUUGCGAAGUUAUCAGACGGGUCUUACUUCGGCGAAGUCUGCCUCCUUGCGAAUACGAAGCGUGUGGCCAGCGUGAAGGCAGACACGUAUUGCAACGUGUUCACACUGGCAGUUGAGCAUUUUGUCUCAGUUCUAGACAACUACCCACACAUGCGACAGUUCAUGGAGGCCGUCGCUAAACAACGCGUAGACGAUUGUGGUCUCAAC